GGCCUGUUUAUGCUCGUGGGGUUCACAAGCAUAGUAGAGCUCUGUUGGUUAAGUAUCUUUACGAAUUUGGAAGCUGCAUAUGUCACAGAUAACCAGACAUCGAAUGUUGCAAUCCAAACCUUGAAGAAUUGACACCAAAUCUUCGAAAUGCCUUCAGAACAUAGACUCUACUAUACUACGCCAUCAACAAGCUUCCCCACGUCUUUGCCUCUUGGUAAUGGCCGGUUUGCUGCUUCAGUUCUUUCCUCUCCAGACCUUGAGACGUUUAUCUUGAAUGAAGUUACCUUCUGGUCUGGAGAAGCUCGGAAUGCCGGCGAGGGAUUGACGGAACGUCCUGAAGAUCCCAAAGCUGAAGUUAGAAAAACGCAAAACUGUUAUCUCAGUGGAGACUAUGCUCAAGGCAAGAAAAGAGCAGAGAAGUACCUUGAGAGCAAGAAGAUUAAUUUUGGAACCAACCUUGGAGUUGGGAAGCUUGACAUCUGUAUCAACGGCCAUGGAAAUCCCGGCGAUAUCCAAGAUUUCGAGAGAGAAUUACGUUUUGACGAGGCUGUAACUGAAACAAGAUAUAAAUUCAACGGUCGCCAGUAUAAGCGAAGAUCCUUUCUAAGCCAUCCGCAUCAAGUCCUUGUGAUACAAUUUGAUGGCGAUGACCUAGGUGGACUCGAAAUCGCCGUCGGCGUGCAAGGCGAAAAUGAAGCUUUUACUUCCAAGAUAAACGGAGAUACAAGGCUAGAGUUUGAUGCGCAAGCUCUCGAGACUGUGCAUAGUGAUGGAACCUGUGGCGUCAAAGGCUUCGGUAUGGUCGCAGCAACGGUUGACGAGGGAAAGGUUGAGCAGAGGGGUGGCAAGCUCGUAAUUUCAGCACAUAAGAGCAUAACGAUACUAGCAGCUCUCAAUACUGAUUAUAACGAAUUACGCAACGAGUGGAGAGAGAGAACUCUUGCACAAAUAGAAGAGGCUCUUCAGCUUCCUAUUGACCAUCUUCUGAAAGAACAUCUGGAAGACUACCAGCCUCUCUACCGUCGGAUGAGCAUUACCCUGGGACCUAUAUCCAGCGCUACUUCCAACAUUCCCACAGACCAACGUCGAGGCAACUUUGAAUCAUCAGGGUAUACUGAUUCAGGAAUGUUUGCGCUUUACUUCCACUAUUCACGGUACCUUACAAUCGCUGGUACGCGCGAAGAUUCGCCUUUGCCGCUACAUCUACAGGGUCUAUGGAAUGAUGGCGAAGCAUGCAAGAUGGGCUGGAGCUGCGAUUACCAUCUCGAUAUCAACACGCAGAUGAACUACUUUGCCAUCCUGAACAGCGGCCUAGCGGAUCUCCUGAAACCUCUCUACAAAUACAUCCUCAAAAUUGCUGUAAAAGGCCAACAGACUGCACGUACCUGCUAUGGCUCCCCUGAAGGCUGGGUAGCUCAUGUCUUCAGCAACGCGUGGGGUUUUACAGAUCCUGGCUGGGAGAUAUCGUACGGACUAAAUGUGACUGGCGGUCUAUGGAUGGCAGCACCUCUGAUUGAGAUGUACGAGUACACUCUAGAUGAUGGUCUUAUGAUGAACGACUUGUGGCCACUUCUGCUCGGCGCGACCAAAUUCUGGCUUGACUAUAUGAUUGAGGAUCCCAAGACAGGUUGGCUGCUCACGGGUCCAUCUGUAAGCCCAGAAAACAGCUUCUUUGUUGUCAAUGCAGAUGGCACAAAGGAAGAGCACUCUGCCGACUUGGCACCGACUCUUGAUGUUGUCUUAAUUCGCGAUCUCUUUGCAUUCUGCGAGUACUUUGCUGGCCGGUUGAAAACUAUUACAGGCUACCCUUGGGAUGAAGACGUCAAGGAAUAUCAAAGGGUACAGGCAAAGCUGCCCCCGUUCCAAAUUGGCAAAAAUGGCCAACUUCAAGAAUGGCUGCAUGAUUACGAAGAAGCCCAGCCCUACCACCGGCAUCUGUCUCACACCAUGGCUUUAUGUCGGUCAGCGUUGAUCUCAGCUAGGCAUCAGCCAGAUUUGGCAGAGGCAGUUCGUGUGUCCCUUGAGCGAAGGCAAGGCCGCGACGAUCUUGAGGACAUUGAGUUCACCGCCGCGCUCUUCGCCCUCAAUUAUGCUCGAUUGGGAGAUGCUGAGAAGGCUGUCACUCAAAUUGGCCACCUUGUAGGGGAACUGAGCUUUGACAACCUGCUGAGUUACAGUAAGCCGGGCGUUGCUGGUGCCGAGAAGAAUAUAUUCGUCAUUGAUGGAAAUUUCGGCGGUGCCGCAGCCAUUGCUGAGAUGUUGAUACGGUCAAUUAUGCCUCGCUUAGGAGGACCGGUUGAGAUAGACUUGCUCCCGGCCCUGCCUGCGGCUUGGUCAGAAGGAUCGGUGAGCGGGAUGCGUAUUCGAGGAGGAUUAGAGGCUAGUUUUGCAUGGAAUAAAGGAAAGUUGGAAGGCGUGACGUUUAAGGCGUCCAGGGCUUCGUCUCUGGUUGUGUUUUAUGGCGAGCACAAAUUCGAAACGACAUAUGAGGAUGGAGAUGUUAUUCAGCUGGGACCGUCGCUGCAAAAUUGGGGAAGGUAGAAGAAUUAUUCAAGGAAAAGGGGAUAGUGUAUUAG